AUGCAAAGAUCUGUUGGUAUUCCAGGUUGUGGGAUUCCUACUAAUGACUAUAACAACAAAUUGGAGUCGCCUCACUAUCGUGACAAUUUUGACAAUCGGUUCUUAUACAACUUAAAUCAUCAGCAUAUCCCCCAUGACACAACUAACAUUUAUUCUUCUCUUCCUAAACAGGAAAGUCCAUUUACCAAUAAUGAAUUGGCUGGAUAUAUCAAUAUUCCAGGUGCUUUUAUGAAAGAUACAAAUGAGGAAAUGGUUAUUUUACAGAGUGAUCAAAGAGAAAUUCAUAAAGAUGUUAUUAUUAGUGAUUUGUCUAAUACAACAAGGGAAGAAACACCAAGAUCUAUAUCGAUUCCCUAUAAGACUUUCAAAAACUCUAGUGUUGUGCAACAAUUACAGUCUUAUUCCAAUUUACACAAGGCAUCGGCUGGUUUUGUUAGUUUCAAUGACACUUAUAAUUCAACAAUAGCCUUUGAUUUUGGCUCAAGAAAUUAUAAUCUUUCUACCUCUAGUUGUAAAGAAAUCUCUUCAUCCUUUAACCAAACAUUUAUUUCCACUCAGAAACAUUUAGCAACAAAUACGUCAGAAAGCUAUUCCAAAUUCGAGCCUAAAGUUUUUAUAGGUGUCAGUAAAGAAGUUGCAGGAAAAUGGACAAGUUUAGUUUAUCCAUGGGAAAGAAGUGUUGGCAACAAAGUAAUCUCAACUGCAAGUGCAAGGGAAAUUUCUUAUCAAACAAUAAGGUCAACAACAAGUAUUCCCCAAUCGUUUUUAUACCCGUCAAAAAUUUCUCCUGAUAUCUUUUAUGAUGCUACAUCAAUACCACCAAACUCUAUCUCUCUUAAAAAUGUUUUUUCAAAUUUAGUUUCUUCAAAUACUGGUGCCGGCAUGUCUUUCUCAACACCUUGGGAAAUGGGUUUCAAUAAUAAAAUUAUGUCUACUGCAAGUUUGAAAGAAAUUUCCUAUCAGACUAAAAUGCCAGUAAGGGAUAUACCUUUCAAUUUUAAUAGAAACAAGGAACCGACAAACAAAUUUCCACAAUUAUUUCAUGUAGGUAUUAAUGUAGUAUCAUCAGAGACUGGAUUAGGUGGUUCUUUUAGUAGGCCAUGGGAAAUGGGAUUCAAUAAUAAAAAAUUAUCUACUUCAAGUGUGAGGGAAAUUUCCACCAAAUAUAACAAAACAGUUUCUGACAUACCAGUUUCAUCAGUUAAUGAAUUUUUUAUUUCACCCAUUAGUGGUCAUAUGCUAAAUACAAAUGUUGAUCUAUUUUCAUCUAAUGCUGGUGCAUUUUUCUCCUUCAGUUAUCCAUGGGAAAUGGGAUUUAACAAUCGAUCAAUUUCUACUUCAACAGCUAGAGAAAUAUCAAAUGGAUCUAAACUCAAUGUUAUUGAUAUACCUCGAGGUUUUCAAACAAAUUAUCGUGUCAAAAAAAAUACCCUUCGUUAUAUGGAUUUGCCUAUUCGAAAGACAAAAAUGUUUUCAGUAGGUGUUGAUGCAAUGUCGAUGGGUUUUGGUAGUGGUAUGUCUUUAGCAACACCUAAUGAUAUGGGGUUCAAUAAUAUGCCAAUGACUAGUUCAAGUAUUCAAGAAAUAUCUGCAAGGUCAAAUAGCACUGUAUUGGAUUGUUCUCAAGGUUUUAACACCACCUGCAUGAAACAAAAAAUGCAUAUAGAUAGAUUAGCAAAUAAUGAUUUGAAAAAUAGAGAUAUCAUGGCUCCAUUAAUGGUAGGUGCUAAUCUUGGUCCUAGAAAUCCUUUUGUUUCUCCACACUAUAUGGGAUUUGAUAAUAAACCUCUAUCUAUUUCUAGUUUAAGGGAGAUAUUACCAAACAGAGAUAAAACUGUCUAUUUUCCGCAUAAUACUUUAACUUUGGGUUCUACUAUAUAUAAUCCUGACAAAGAGCAAAAGUUGAAUAAAAACAUUUUGUCUAUUGGUUUGAAAAACAUUGUUGGUGCCAAUGUUGCUGCACAAGGUCCAUCACAAUUCAAAUUUUAUCCACCAUUAGGAAUAAAAGGGAUGGUAAAAUCUUUUUCAGAGAUAUAUUCGCCUUUAAAUAUAAAUACAGACAAAGACAUUUCAAAUGAACUUCAAGAACCUUUAGAGGGCGCAUUUAUGCCUAAUGUGAUAUUAGCUAGAGAAUUUAGAGGAAAUAUACUGUUACACAGUAAAUCCAGUUUAACUGAGCAUAUUACUAAUGGAAAAUACAACCUAUUAUUUGAUGAUUUACAUAAUGCAAGAAUAACUACCAAUAUAUUUGGUUCAAAUCUAAAACCCUUAAAACCUGUUACUUUAGUAACUUCAAAAAAAACUAAUUUGGUACCUCUUUUGAAUAUGUAUACUGAUCAAAAGGGUACUGCAAAUAAAAAUGUUAGUGAAAAUCAGAGAUUACAAGGAAAUCUUAUUGUCCUAAGUUCUUUGUCGACAGUAGAUGAGUCAGAUAAUAAGGCUCCAUUAAACAAAAAAAUGUAUCCCUUAAAUUUGGAAAUUAAGCCAAAAAAGAAUGAAAUAAUUACCUUAGAUUCGCUAUUUGAAAAAAUAGGAAAUACUGGAAGAAAUAAAUCUUCUGCCCUCAACACCCAACCAACCACAUUCAAAGCUAAAUUUUCUGAGCAUAACGGUAAGUUAGCAAGCAAACGUAAUUAUUGGACAUUUACCUCUGAACCUGGACGUGCCCGUAUCCUACAAGGCUCAAGACGGCCGGCUACUGAAGAACAGAUAUCUGGAAAGAACAAUCUACAUGUAGGCUUUGAUGGUCGUGCAGUUAGGAGAAAGUCAUUAGGCUCUGUUACUAAGCCAGAAGGGGCGGGAUAUUAUCCAAGUUUAAUAGAUCCUGAUACUCCUACUUAUGGUUUUAAUGAAAAUAUAGAUCAUCUGGGCUUAUUGGCAUUAAAUGAAUAUUAUAUCAGUAAUCCUAUUACCGAAGUUCAUAAGAAAAGAUUAUCAUUUUCAAAAGAACUCUCGCCAACUGGUUUAUUUAAUAUUGGUGAGACAGCAGGCAAUAAAGAAUCUCAGUUAGAAAUGGCAUCUGCUGAAUCAAUCGAUAUCAUAAAUACUUCAACACCAAACCCAUUGGAAAGAACUGUUCCACGGCCAUUCAUCAAUGGUUUGGUUAGUGAACAGAGACCUGCAAUUCGUAAACCAAGCCCAAGAAGAAAGAGUAAUGCUUUGAAUAUUUUUGACAAAUUCACACAAGUCAUAACAAAAUCAACAAUAUAG